GAUCUUCAAAGGACGUCCAAAACGCCAGCGGCACCACCGAAAUGCCGACGAGGAGUCCGAGGGAACGCCGAGCGAAGACGUCGCGCUUGCGUUCGAGCAGCCCUCGAUCCAAAGUGCUGAAAGUGAACCUCCGCAAGAUACGCUGACCGCAGAUUGCGCGACGGAAGAGCAAACACUGACAGAACAAACGAAGAGUGACACGGAAACGGAAGAAACGCCCUCCAGUCCUUUAGACAGAGCUGCGUCCUCCUUGGCGAGCCUGGACAAAAUCAGUCCCGUGGUGCUCCUUAAGCACGUCGUUGCCCCAUCGGGCGAUUUCUUGUGCGAGCUGUGCAAUGAAAACUUCUCCACGGUGGGACAUCUCGUCCAACAUAAACACCGGCACGAAAAUCAAACGUCUCCGAGCCAUCAAGUCGAGGGUAAGAUCCCGGUACGGGUUUCCGCGGAACGAGAAGAGCCUUCCCUCCCGUGCAACAUAUGCGAUCGAACGUUCACCGACCGCCACAGUUUGAAGCGCCACAAGCUGCUCCACGUGAAGGACGGCAGGAAGUGCCAGACGUGCGGCGUCCUGUUCUGUCGGCUGCACCGGCGCACGCUGUUGGUGGCUCAGCCGGCGGCGGAGACCGCCUGCGGCGAUCCGGACGAGUCCGAGGAGGAUGCGCUUGAACCGGGCGAGGUCGCCGAGCACGUUGAAGACUUUGAAACUUCUUGGCAAUUUAUCCCCCUGCUAAAUUACUCAAUUAUUAAAAUCAGCGAAGCCCGACACACGGAACCAGAAACGGUUCCUGAAACGCCGCUGCCGCCUCUCUUUCUUCCCGGUCGCCCAGAAGCCGAGCCCUCCCGACGCGCGGAUCCCGAACCACAAAAAGUCGUCCACUCCGAAUCCCUCCCGGAAUCUUGUCCGUACCCGCACCAAAAGCUUCCCCCGGCGCUGCGGAUGUUUUCUCCCCAGAGCCUCACGUCGGUCUUUUUCCAGGUUGAAAGAAACUACGACUAUAUUUUUAGCAAAGGUGCGGACGUCCCAAGUGAGAGCAGAGUCGGGAAGGAGACUGCGGGGACGGCGGCCCGUCCCCGCGCGGAUGGGCCCAAACCUGAGCCGCAAGCGAGGGAACCGACUGCUUUUGACAUGCAGAUUGUGCUAUGAACCUUUCCAAAAACUCAAAUGUCACCGUUGCUGCGACUUGUUGAGUUACUCCCACUUGGAGUGGAAAUGGUUCCGCACGCGGUACUUGGGGAAACAAUUCUGCCUGCUGCUGCCGCCGUUUGAUCAUUUAAGGCAUUAUUAACCAGUUCUAAUGAACCUUUAUGAAUAAAAUUAGUUUUGCCCUCUUCUUUAAAUGCCUUCAAUUAUUUAGUGCACAAUGGCGGGUUUGGUUCUCUUGAAAUGUACUCCAAAUCUGUCGUCAUGGCAAUUACAUUUUAGUUUUAGGGCACCGACUAGCAAUCAUCGUUAAUUGAUUCACACUAAAAUGAUUGUUUCGUGUCCCUCCCUUUAUUCCGAGACAGGACAUCUUUUCAAAUCGACAGCGGAGAAAAUGCUCAAAUAUAAUUUGGGCAGAAUGUUGAGCGCUUUUCCAACGUAAACGCAGAUGUUUGUCUUAUUUUGAUAACCGUGAUUCGGGGCCGACAGAGCGUACCGUUUGGUACGUACGUACGUACGUACGUCGCAGCUGUGUAAAGGGCACAAAUGACCACAUUCAAACACGAGAUAUUUACAAAGAAGGACGGAACACAGAGUUUAACGCUAGCGCUGAUGCUAACAGGGCCGGUUAAAAUAAAACGAGAUAUUUACAAAGAUGGUACGCAGAGAGUUUAACGCAGGGGUCACCAACGCGGUGCCCGUGGGCGAAUGGGAGUCCGCGAGGACCGUAUAAGGCGCCCGCGAGGUAUGUUGUAAAAAUACCGUAGGCUACAAAUUGUUACUUUCAUUUGUGCUUUAAAUCCUGAAUCUGACUUGCUUACGUGAAUGAAAUUUUUAAAAUACUUGUAAUGUCAUUUACUACAAUAAAUUAGAACGAAAAUAUUUUAUGUCUGAAAUUUGCCGCAAACAGGUCACGUAGCCCUUCAUACGAUCGGUGCUCACGAAGUAGCCCUCAGCCUCCGAAAGUUUGCUGAGCCCUGGUUUAACGCUAGCGCCGCCGUUAAUGCUAACACCGUGCUAACGUUUACGCCAGGGGGACGCUAACAGGGCUGGUUUAAAAAAAAAAACAUACCGAUAAUCACUGAGAGAAGGCAGUAACAUGCUAGUGCAGUGCUAACAGGGCCGGACUGGUAAAAGUCACUUCCUCUGCGCAUAUAUUCCGUAGGUCUCACGCUUACUUUUUCAGCUCGAGUGCCUCCUUGUGGCUGUUAGAAAAAAAAUGCACAAAUUAGCCGCAUCACCGCAGGGUUGAAAGCGUGUGGAAAAAUGUUGCGGCUUAUCGACCGUAAAUUACAGUAAACCGUCAGUUUGCUUUCUUGUAGCGUCGAAAUCUGAGACGCUGAAAUUCUGAGGAUUUGGACAAUUUUACUACUGCAAUACUCACAUUUGUUUCCCGCAUCACCUCCAAACACAAACAUUUGCAAGUUUAAAACACAACUGUUGCUAAUGCGCCGUCCUUCCUCUUCGUCGUCUCUUAAUGGUGCGCGAGAGUUUCCAACUGAUCCUGGAAGUCAAUGUGUAUCGACGGUGCUGCGAUGCCGCCUCAAUUCAGCGGUGAGGCGCGCGUAUGCCAUGUUAUGUAUGUCAUGUUAGCCGUGGUCACUGAACACCAGCGUGUACAGCUGCGUCUUCGUGGGAUGAAGAAAAAUAAGAAGGAAGUAUUUGAUGACAGUAUAUGUGUGGAAUUUUCCGGAUUACUCCUCCAUCUUCAUCACGCUUAUCCAUAAAUCAGAAUCAUCUUUUUUGGGCAAGUAUGUAAAAACACACAAGUGGUCGGUUUCCGGUAGUCGGAAUUCAUGUUUCGGUCACCCGUGACCCGAGUGAGGAUAAGCGCUAUGAAUGGGUGAUUAUUGCUUUGUGGUUGUAAUUUCAAGAUCGCUACACUGCAUGAUAAAUUACAAUAUACCCCUCUUUGUUAUGGAAACUAAAAGUUAUAAAUGCAUGUCAAGCACUCUUAUUUUGUGUUUUUUCCCCCAACUGCCGAAUCCACAUCAGCGUUUCCUGACUCCUCCGCACGCUGGACCGCAUCUGAUUGGUCCAAGUUGGAGUCGGGAUUGGCUAAGGACGCCGCCACUCGCUUCCCCGAUUGGCCGGCACUCGCAGGCGAGCUCGCCUAUUGGCUGCGUGGGACGGGUUGGUGCUGAUGUUGCGAGCCGUCGAGUUCUCAGCAUCAUCUGGAGCGAGCGAGCGAGCGAGCGGAGGACGGGAAAACGCGCGGAAGUGACUGACGGCGGAACGGGAGGAAAGGGGGGAAGAAGCCCGCAGCUGCCGCAACACAAAAGGGGCAAUGGGAGUUUUCAGCCGGCAGAAGUUCUUCGAGGAGCUCGGCCACGGCUGCCUGCUGCCGACGGCCCAGCAGGGGCUGGAGCAGGUCUGGCAGCUGCUGCUCAUCUGCCUGCUGUGUCGCCUCCUCUGGAUGUUCGGCUUCCCCUCCAUCCUGAAGCACCUGGCCACAGUGGCGGGAGGAUUCUACGUGCUGUACUUGUUCUUUGAACUCCACAUGAUCUGGGUGGUCCUCCUCAGCCUCCUCUGCUACCUCUUCCUCUUUCUGUGUCGCCACUCGACCAUGCGCGGCACUUUUCUCUCCAUCACCGUCUUCAUCUACUUGCUGCUGGGAGAACUGCACAUGAUGGACACCACCAACUGGCACAAGAUGAGAGGUUCGCAGAUGGUGGUGGCCAUGAAAGCCAUCUCCCUGGCCUUCGAUCUGGAUCGGGGCGUCGUGACCGGCGUGCCGUCUCCCGUUGAGUUCAUGGGGUACAUUUACUCCGCGGGAACGGUCAUCUUUGGUCCGUGGAUCAGCUUCAGUAGCUACAAAGACGCUUUAGAAGGACGGAAGAUGAGCCUUUCCUGGUUCUUCAAAGUAUCUUUGAGCUGGGUCAAAAGCCAGAUUUGCCUGGUCCUUUCCAACUGCGUGGCGCCCUACCUCUUCCCCUAUUUCAUUCCCGUCUACGGAGACAAGCUGCUGAGGAGCAAAAAGAGGAGAAAAAUCAGAGGUUCGCUGGCGAAGUGGUUGCUGGCUUAUGAGAACACGCUGUCUUUCCACCUAAGCAACUAUUUUGUCGCGUAUUUGAGCGAGACCACAGCCACUCUGGCCGGGAUGGGCUUCACCGAGGAGAAGGAAAACCUCAAAUGGAAUCUGACGGUGUCGAACCCGCUGAGCGUCGAGUUGCCUCGCUCGAUGGUGGAGGUGGUCACGUCGUGGAAUCUGCCCAUGUCGCGCUUUCUGCACACAUACGUGUUUCAGAGUGCUCUCAAAUUUGGGACUUUCUGCGCCAUCAUGGUGACUUACGCAGCCAGCGCCCUCCUGCACGGUUUGAGCUUCCAUCUGGGUGCCGUCCUCGUAUCUCUCGGCUUCAUCACCUACGUUGAGCACGUGCUGCGAAAGAGACUGGCGGCCAUUUUAAGCGCCUGCAUUCUGUCCAAGAAAUGUCAGGCAAACUGCGCUCACCAGAACAAAAAGGCACCGUGGGUGUACAUGAUCAACGUAGCGUUCAGUGCUUUGGCCGUACUGCACCUGACGUACCUGGGUUCCGUGUUCAAUUCCAGUGUGGACUACGUGGAGGAAGAUGAGGACGACAUGAGCCAUCACACCAUCCAGAAGUGGUCGGAGCUGAGUUGGACGAGCCACUGGCUGACGUUGGGAUGCUGGACGCUCUACCGGCUCCUUCUUUAGAGCCCAGGGAGCAAUGACGAGGCUUCGACGAGAGAGAAGCAGUCGAUCGCCAGGUCGGUGCCACUCGGCUUCCGCUUCAUCCGUCAUCCGGACCCGCCGGGGACUCCUUUUGAUACCCUUCCUCCUUUUCUGUGGACGGCAUCCCCCCCGCCCCUUUUUCGCCCCCCCACCUCUCCGAGCUCUCGGGUUGUGACGGCAGUAAAUGAUGUCUCCCCGCGGGUCACAAUCGAUUGCGAUCAGCGUGGCGGAGAUCCCGGCUUGUCCUUUCUCGGGAUCGCCAGACGUGCUUUUCCCUUCAUCUCAAGCUUUUCGUAAUCAUAUUUUCCUUGAUACGACGAUGAUAAUGAUGAUGAUCAACAGAUAUUGGUUCCCAAGAACAGUGACCAAAUUUGGAAUUUUUUUUUUUUUUUUUAGCAAUAUCAAUAAUAUCAUCACCAAGAAUCCCUUUCAAGGGAGUGCACAUCCUGAUGAAAAGAGCACAGAUAACAUCCAAAUAUUUCUUUUAUAUGUAAAUUAUUUUCAAUUUGCCCUUGAUGAUGUUUUCAAUUUAAUUAUCGCUAAUGAUCCAAAAAAAAAAUCACUUUUUGUCAUACUAGUUCAAACGAUCAUUUUGAAUUGCACCCUAGUGCUGAAUUAUCAUUUUGUUAUGCUAGAAAAAAUAUAUAAAUAAUAAUAAUUAUUAUUAUUAUUCGUCGCUUCCGGUCUUACAACCAAAAACAAAAAUUUUCGGAAUGGGAUUUUUUUAACAAUUAAAAAAUUGAUCCGUAAAACAUAGUAUUUUAUUUAAAACUUAUACACGUAAUUAUAACAUAAUGACAUAACGUAACAACAUAACAAUAAUCAAUAUUGUUAUUAAGUAAUUAUUUAUAAUUAUAGUAUAUUUAUAUAUGGUUAUAUUAUUUAUAUUUUUUAUAAAUAUAUCUAUUUAUAUUCUGGUGAUUAGUAAUUAAUUAAUAAUUGAAUUAUGUCAAUCCAAUAUGAAUAAUUAAUCUUUGUAUUGUUGCUGCUUCUGGUGUGUGCAUCUUGUCGUCAUCAUUUCUCAAUCAGGGUAUUGCACAUGUUCGCGUUGGCAAUAAUAUGUAAAGCCCAAGUUACAUUUUGCUAUUAAUAAUUGGAACAAUAUUUUGUAGUGCUGGUCUCCUUGUGUAUUGAUCCUCAACCGCAGAUCACGAUGACUUUAUACGAAGCGAUCAGAUGAAAAAAAAACGUUGGGUUGCCGUUAUGUAUCAUACCCCGAGAAGUUGUGAUGUCAGAGGAUGGAAUUCGGAGCGCAAGCAAAGCGUUACGUGUUCCUCCUCCGGCAGACGUUUUCGAUGCAAAUAUUUUUCCUGUAAAAUGUGAAUGGACUGAUCCAUCUGUGAAAAUCAUUUGAUAAAAAAAUGUUUUA